UUACUAAUUACUUGUCGACGCGGGUAUAUACCUGAUCAUCAAUCAGACGUCUCAGUGUUACCGCGUACGGUGUUGAUAGCCGCUGUUGCAGCAGACACCUCUCCCAAGAAGCUUCCUUGAUCCAGUGUCGUGAGGACGUCUACACACAGAGGUGAAGUUUCAGUAUCCUGCGAAGAAUGGGAAGUAUGACAUUGUACGGAGUCCUCCUCUGUGUGAUGCUGUGGGCAAACGUGGAGGGCGGCAAGGACGACAAACUGUUCAUGCUUGAGAUAUCUCUACCCCCGCUUCUCGGCAGAAAUGAGGCAUCUGAUAUAUCCGCCAUAAAGCAGCUCCUCUACAACACCCCAGGAGUCACUGUCACAUAUGCACUCAAGGAAGUUGGCAACCCCAUCAUAAUAGCAGUUGUGGAAGUGGAGAACGACUGUACCUGGGCUUCUGUAACCAGUGUCCUGGCUUCAAGAGGUGACAAGUACUCAGCCAUUCCCCUCUACCGCUGUGAGGACUUUGCCAGAGCCAUGAAUGUGACACUCAACACUCAGACAAAGGAGUUUGAUAAUGUGACCAUCUACCUCGCAGAUCUUGUCUUCUAUGCGGAAGGUUAUACCACACCUGAAUACACGAACAUUCUGAAGAGUCAUCUCCAGAUCACCAGCAACUUGCUUCAAGAUGGCACCAUGAUGCACUGCUACAGGGACAUGGGAGACGUUCCCAUCAGGAUGUUUCACUUCACCGAAGCCAACCCCUCUGACAAUGAUCGGUUGCAACAAGUCACAAAGACUUCAGAGAGAUUCCACCUGGACGUCCGAUCCUACCAGCAUCUGUACCUGUACCCGAACAGAUGCCCGAAGAAGUAGACGCUGUCCUGCAAAAUCCUCUCUGACUACAAUGUAACCGGAACAAUGCCAUAGCCUUCUUAAAGUACUGUCGGCAAUGCUAGGAAAAUGCUUUUCUGGCUUCAUUUAAUAUAUACGAGUCAUAGGACUUUAAAAAGAGCACAUAUCAAAAUAACACAAAUUGACCAAACCUGGCCUGUCCUAACUGACAUUGUGAUUACCCUUAAAAUGUACUUUUGCAGGUAAAAUGAUGAUAAACUUGAAAUAUUCGUGUGUUGUCAUUAUUGUAUGAAAUGGCCUAUAUAACCUGAGGUAAUUACCUACCACCUGUCCCGAGGUGAUGACCUCACAUUGUCCCGUUCAUGGUCUCAAAAUAUAGCUGUUAUUGUACUUAAUUGACAUGUGCGUUGAUCGGGUAGCAAUUGAGGAUAUGUACUGCAUUAUAUUUGCUUGGAAACAUGAUUGAAUAGUUUAGCGCUAUGAAACUGGAUGAGUAUUGAAGGGUUGCGAUUUUACGUAAGACAACGUGACCGUGUUGUGCCGCCAGCACAUAUGUCUUGUACUUUACUGGUUUCCUAUUCAGCCGAUUUUUUUCUCUCCACGAGUUGAACUUUCGUUUCAUAUAGUCUGAUGUCGACGAUGUCAUUUAUUCCUGCAUGGUCGCCUUCAGACUACGCAUGGUUUAGGCGACAGUAUCUGAUUCCCGGACAUUAUAUUUGGACUUAGAAUAAAUGUGAACUUCCUGUUUUCGUUCGAUAUACUUCAAACCACAGGUAGGUCGAUCGGUAGUUACUCGAUAUUUCAAUUUCAACAGUCUGUGAAAAAUUAUAUCCUUUUAAACAGGCAAAAAGCAGUUUUCUAGCUUUUCCGACAGUACUUUGGUUGUUACACACUAUCAGCAUUUAGAAUGAGUUCUAUUAGGUUCGCUCCAAACAACGAUGCUUAUAUGAUUAUCAUACAAAAACAAUAUUCAUUCUUUGGGGAAGGCCGGGGAAAUAUGGUCUGCUGCAAAAAUAUCACCAAAAACACAAAUGAGUGAAAUUUGUCUGAUAUGGGGACCGACGACUGCUUCAAGAGAUACAUGUUUAUUUUCUUCAAAGAGGGGCCAAAAAAACCUCAAUACACUUUCAGACACCCAAGCGAACAAUUAGUUUUGGUUGUGGUAAAAUUUGUGGUAAAUGUACCUUUGUCCGUUAUAUUAUCUGGAGCAAAUGAUAUAAAAACAAACACUCUUCUUAAAUAAAGGCUUGUCAUGC